AUGGACAUAACCUGGAGAGACUCCGCCACUAAGGAGGCUUAUGAAGAAGCCCGUAUCGGUCGCGUCUUCAAUCACCGCCGCCCCUCGCGGUUUCCCCUAGCCGUCGUGAAGGCGACUAGCGAAGAUGACAUUGUCAAAGCUGUUCAGAUGGCAGUGGAGAUGAAUUGUCGCGUUGCUGUUCGAUCGGGAGGACAUUCAUGGGCGGCAUGGAGUGUCCGCGACAAUUCUAUUCUGAUUGAUCUUGGGAAUUACAAAAAGGUGGAGGUGGAUCCGGAGAAUAGAAUGGCACGAGCAACACCCAGUAUGACUGGCCGUGAACUCAAUUCUGUUCUGGUCAAGGACCACGGGUUGAUGUUUCCUGGUGGUCAUUGUCCGGACGUAGGGUUGGGUGGGUUCUUGCUUCAGGGUGGCAUGGGUUGGAACUGUCGGAACUGGGGGUGGGCAUGCGAGAGAGUCAUGGGCUUGGAUGUUGUUACCGCCGAGGGCGAAUUGAUUCAUUGCAAUUCGACUCAGAAUCAAGAUAUGUAUUGGGCGGCUCGCGGAGCUGGACCUGGCUUCCCGGGUGUUGUCACCAAGUUCCAUCUCAGCUUAAACCCGUACCCAAAGAAAGGCGGCUUCCGAUCCUCCGGUUAUUUCUACCCUAUCAGUCUAUACAGAAAGGCUUUCGACUGGGUUAUAUCAAUUACGGAAACCUUCGAUAACGACACCGAAAUCGCCGCGGUCGCGCAAUACGCAGAAGGCUCUGAUGAAAUGAGUCUCUUUAUUCUUUUCGUUGUUAUGAAAGAUACCCCCGAAGAGGCAGAGAAGGCACUCCGCCAAGCACAAGAGACUCGCCCCGAGGGGACCCUUAAUGAAUGGUUCUGUAAGGAAGAUAGUCUCGAUGAGCAAUACGAUAACCAGGAAGGCGCCAACCCAGAAAAGCAUCGCUACUGCGCCGAAAAUGCAUACAUCAACAAUGACGCCGACGUUCCCGCGGUACUAGAGGAGGCCUUCACCACUCUGCCACACCGAAAGGCAUUCGCAUUGUGGUUCCCCAUGAACCCAUGCAGCCGUCGGAAGCUGCCCGAUAUGGCUCUAAGCAUGCAGUCCGAUCAUUACUUUGCCCUCUACACCGUUUGGGAGGAUGAAUCCGAUGAUCAGCGGUGCCAAUCCUGGGUAAAGGAUGUGAUGAAGAAGGUUGAACGCCAAUCAGUCGGAGCAUACCUGGGUGAUUCAGACUUCCAGGUCCGAAGAACUAGAUUCUGGGCUGAUGAUAAUGCGGAGCGUCUGAUGAAAAUUCGCCGGAAGUGGGAUCCCCAAGGUCGGGUUUGUGGAUACUUGGAUCAAGACGACAAGUCGGGAACAAAUGGGUUGAAAAACGUUCAUGAAUGGAAGCUGUGA